CACAUUCAGGUGUCCAAGUUGAUCGUAAGAGUCUUGCAUAAGAUGUUUUUGUGUUUCGUCCAACAUACUGAUGGCAGCAAGUCUUUGUGGGGGCUACAUUUUUCCUUACCUUCUUUUUUUUGCUCUCUCUCAUUCAGUCUCUCUCGAUUUCAUUGUGUGUGUGGUGAUUUGCUCUAAUAUGACUAAAAAUGAUUUCCUUUUCCCUUUCUGUCUCUCUCUCUGUCCGUUACUUUUUGCUCCAUUGCGAUCGCUAACCUUUCCACAAAUAAACACUAAAAGAGUCUCAACCGAGUUUGAGAGAAGCGGGAGAUUUGAGGGCUCAAGUCGCCAUGUAUCUGGGGAUCAGCAGAAAGAUGAAGGGAAAGAUGGAAAAGACGGGAAACCCCGCUCUCUCCGUUUCACCUGGAGUAUGAACACCACCAGCACCAUGGAGCCAGCCGACAUCAUAAAUGAGAUCCGCAAAGUCCUGGACGCCAACAGCUGCAGUCACCAGCAGCGUGAACGCUUUCUGCUUCUCUGUGCCCACGGGGACAGCCGCUCCGACAGCCUCGUCCAAUGGGAGAUGGAGGUUUGCAAACUGCCCCGGCUCUCACUUAAUGGUGUCCGUUUUAAAAGGAUAUCUGGCAACUCCAUCGCUUUUAAAAACAUUGCUUCCAAAGUUGCAGGCGAACUCAAGCUAUGAAUAUAUCUUUAAUCUAACUGCAUAGAGAAAUUUAUGGUUCAGUUCAGUAUAGGCAAACAGAUUAAGCUGUACAAUCGAAAAGUAGCAGUUUCCGAAUGUUUUUUCUUUCUUUUUUUUUUUUUUUUUUUUUUAAUAAACCACUUACAUGUAUUUGAAAAAAUGUAUAUAUUUUAACAUUGCUUAAAGCAAUAAUUUCUUAACAUCGUAUUAUCGUGCAAGUCGUUAAAUGCUGUAUAAAGAACCUUUCAGUGUUACGAUUGUAUGAUGCUCUGAGGAGAUGUUCAGAGAGGAACUCAUUGCCAUCGCCGUCGUUGCAGACGGAUCAGUUGAGGCUGAUCAUUCAGGAAAUGGACGCUAGAUGGAGAUUUAUGGGUUUCGUUUCAUCUCUUUAACAGGCGCUAUUCUGUGGUGAUUUUAAGUAUCGCGUGUUUUGGGCAGCUCUUGUGUAAAGGGUUUCGCCUGAAUCUUGAGUUGCUUUUUGAAACUUUGCUCUGCUCCUCUAUGUAUUGAGGAUGCUCGUCUGUGAAAGCGGCUGCAGUAAACCUGAUUUGAGCUCC